AUGCUGGUGAUCCUGCUGAACUGCGUGACGUUGGGCAUGUACCAGCCAUGCGUCGACGAUCAGUGUGUAACGAAUAGAUGCAAAAUACUACAGGUUUUCGACGAUAUAAUAUUUGCGUUUUUCACGUUGGAAAUGUCAAUCAAAAUGGUGGCGAUGGGCGUUUAUGGUCACGGAACAUAUUUAGCGGAUUCGUGGAACAGACUGGAUUUUUUCAUUGUUAUGGCUGGCGCUCUGGAAUACGCUUUAAACGUGGAAAACAUAAAUUUAUCAGCGAUCAGGACGAUCCGAGUGCUAAGACCAUUACGAGCCAUCAACAGGAUACCAAGUAUGCGUAUCUUGGUGAUGCUUUUACUGGACACGUUGCCUAUGUUAGGAAACGUUUUGCUGUUGUGUUUCUUCGUAUUCUUCAUAUUCGGUAUCGUGGGUGUACAACUAUGGGAAGGAAUUCUAAGACAACGCUGCGAAUUCGUCCCCCCACCAAAUGUAAUACGACCCAAUAUAUCAUUCUACUACGAGUUCUCAAAGGAGUUGGACUACAUUUGCACGACACCCGAAGACAAUGGCAUGCACACAUGCGGCAACUUCCCUCCAUAUAGAUACGGGGCUCUUGUGUGUAACGAGACUGCCAAGCCUUUCUCGUACAAUCGACCCACAAAUACAUCGUGUGUCAAUUGGAAUCAGUAUUACACUAACUGUACUCAAAGAGGAAAUAACCCCUUUCAGGGGACAAUUUCGUUCGACAACAUUGGUCUCGCCUGGGUCGCUAUUUUCUUGGUGAUUUCUCUAGAAGGCUGGACGGACAUCAUGUAUUAUGUGCAAGACGCGCAUAGUUUUUGGGAUUGGAUUUACUUCGUGUUGCUAAUUGUGAUCGGAUCGUUUUUCAUGAUCAACCUCUGCCUAGUCGUAAUAGCGACACAGUUCAGUGAGACGAAAAAACGAGAGAUGGAACGAAUGAGGGCCGAACGUGCCCGAUUCACGUCAACAUCAACGCUUGCGUCAUCAACCAACAACAGUGAACCAGCUACGUGUUACGCUGAGAUUGUCAAAUACGUUGCACAUUUGUGGAGGCGAUUUAAAAGAAGAAUGGCUAAGAAGAUCAGGGUGUAUCGAUAUCAACGUGCCCAAUUGCGAUGGCGGACUAGCAGAGAGACUCUUCAGUUACCUGCAAAUAAACCAAAACAACAUCAUCCUUGUUGCCCACGAGUGCAUCCACAGGGUAACGGCGGUAAGAGCGUGAGUGAGGAAGGUAGCGGCGGCGCGGGGCCCGAGGAGCCUCUCAGUCGACCGAGCCUGUUGCGCGUACCUUCAUUGUCUGCCGCCGACCUUGAGAAUGCAUCAAACCUGUCACUCCUGUCGCCGCCAUCCCUGGCACGUCGAAGGUCAUCAGUGAUGUUCAGCGAUACUGUACUACUUCACACUCCGACUGCACCGCACGGAGCACAUCCACACAAUGUAUGCUCUUCUGAGAAAAUGACACAAACAGAUUCAUUGUGUCAGCGUGACUGGCUUAAGAGCCAAAGUGAGUUCGACCUGCCGACAGGCGACACGGCGGAGGAUCGCGCGGCGGCGGGCGGCACCAUGUCCUGUCAGGAACUACUGGCGCUCUCCGGCGCACUGUCCGCCGCCCUGCCUACUGGACAAGUCGCUCUGGACUCCUUUUUCGAAGAACUCACUAAGGGCAUCAGCAAGAGAGCCGGUGAAGAGAAAAUUGAUACAAGGAUCGUGGAAAUAGAAGACUUCUCGUGCUGCGCAGAGCUGAUCGCGGCCGAAGCAGCUGCUAAAGAAACUCGCAAAAGUCGCAUAAGUAAUAUAUGUUCCAAAUUCUGGAAUAGAAUAUCUAAAGGACUGUCUAUACUUAGAAAGAAGAUCAAAUUCAUUGCCGACCACAAGUACUUUCAACAAGGUAUAUUGUUGGCGAUCCUCAUCAAUACGUUGUCAAUGGGCAUUGAGUAUCACAAUCAGCCGGAGGAGCUCACAGUGAUCGUAGAGAUCAGUAACAUUGUGUUCUCCGCAAUAUUCGCUGUAGAGAUGCUUCUUAAGAUUAUAGCUGAAGGUCCAUUCAAGUAUAUAUCCAACGGAUUCAACGUAUUCGACGGCAUUAUUGUCAUACUCAGUGCAUUUGAACUGGCACAUAGCGUUGGGCAAGAAAAAGACAUGGCUGGCAAUUCAGGACUUUCUGUCCUCCGUACAUUUCGCCUGUUGCGCAUACUAAAGCUGGUCAGGUUCAUGCCCAACCUGCGCCGGCAACUGUUCGUCAUGCUCCGCACUAUGGACAACGUCGCCGUCUUCUUCUCGCUACUUGUACUAUUUAUCUUCAUAUUCAGCAUCCUCGGUAUGAACCUCUUCGGGUGCAAAUUCUGCGAGAAAGACAAGCAUGGCGAUCAAGUGUGCGACCGAAAAAACUUUGAUACGCUCUUGUGGGCCUUUGUCACGGUGUUUCAGGUUUUAACACAGGAAGAUUGGAAUGUUGUUUUAUUUAAUGGCAUGGAAAAAACGAGUCAUUGGGCCGCUUUAUAUUUUGUUGCCCUCAUGACAUUUGGGAAUUAUGUACUGUUCAACUUGUUAGUUGCUAUACUCGUCGAGGGAUUCAGCUCAGAGCGAAAUGAGAGAAGGGAACGUGAACAGCGGGAGCUGGCAAAAUCAAAAUUGUCAAGCGAAUGUUUCUCAGACAAUAACGAAUUGCACUACGACGACUCGAAUUCGGGAUCACAUUCCAGUGAAAGCUUUUCGCAGAAUGAAAUUAAAAACUAUUGGAGGUCAGCGGAUGAUGUACGAAAGGCCAAAGAUGAUGUUAAUGGACAUAAAGAAAAGGCAAUGAAAUCUCGUCGUAAAACUAAAUCUUCGGCUCACCAUCCGACACUUUGCAAAGACUGCGCCCAGUCCAACAAGUGUAAUCUGCAAAAGGAGUCAAAAAUGCUAGCUAGUAAUGCUGGCAUAACAGAAUCAUCAGCACUGCCGAUGAUUACACACACAGCCGCUACGCCACAAGAUUCACCGUCUACUACUCUGGAACCUGGCGCUUCAUUCAGGGAUUUUAAUGUCGCUUUAAGUCUAGAAAGGUCUGCCAUGUUAUCCAGUUUGGACUCAAUAGAUCGCACUUCGUGUACCAGCAUACCAGGACUUCUGAAACCACCUAACAGUUACACAUUAACCCUACACUCAGCUCAAGCUCAACUUGGUGCAGAAAAGGCCCGUUUACCUCCAAUGACAUUGGCCCCUCCCCCUCUCACCCUCGCUCCACCUCCUCUAAGAUCAGCGUCGCCUGCGCCAACAACACCAAGCACACCAAGAUCAAUGCCAUCGCCAUUAUUACCAGAGAAAAAUCUACAAAUUACGAUAGCAAAGGACGAAAACUGUUUGAAUACCAAUGAUAAAUCUAGUCUUCUGAGCUCACAAAAGAACGUAAGUGUAGUUAGUAUGGCUAAUGGCGAAGACAAAUGUAGGGUGCAACGAGGCUAUAGCUGGCGGUUAUCAAGGUCAAGUCUAAGAAAGAAGCCUAAACAAAGGACAGGAUCGGAUUCUGACGCCAUUAUACUAAAUAACGGCAGGGAUCACGCAGUCUGCAAUGGUUCGAACAUUCGUAAGAACGAGCUACUGCUAUCAUCAUCAAUGGUGAUAAAGAAUGACACUCAGUCCGAACUGCCGAACAACAGAACGCGAACACCGCUACAAGGACCUCGCGUUCUACCGCAACCCAUUCGACGAGUUUCUGCACAUAACACACCUUUACUACCUGACGUAUCAUGGAAAGCUCCAGAAGCGGGGUUCUCAUCCGAUUCGACAGUGCGGCUCGACUCAGUGAAGGCGCCGCCUCACAGACUAUCACUUACUAAUGACUACUUGACAGGCAAGUUACGAGUGUCUGACUACGACUCAUUGGUAACAGUGACAUCGGUGUCAGAAGUGAAGGCGAGCAAUUUGGGACCCUCGUCACCCGUAGUGCCGGUGACGCCUAGACCGGUGAGGGAACUGCCAGCUCCCUCAAUACCAACAAGGAUUAACGUCCAGCCCUUGCCUCUCAUGAAGCAGAUCAAUGAGGAAGUACGUAGCAGUAAAUUUAAGGUGGCCAUAAACAACGUGUGUAUGUUGUCAUCAAGGUUCGACAGACGGCGGUACAGAUUCAAAGACCUUUUUCGCUUUAUGGAGCCGACGGGCUGUCUCAAAGAAAAAGAAUUUUACUCACUGUACAUUUUUUCGCCAGAAAACAAAAUGCGUCGAUUUUGUACAUGGGUAGUGACGCGAGGUUGGUUUGACAACAUAGUGCUAUUGUUCAUUGCACUGAAUUGCAUCACGUUAGCAAUGGAGCGACCCAACAUUCCACCAGACUCUAAGGAGCGGUCCUUCCUCUCUAGUGCCAACUACGUAUUCACAGGAGUAUUCGCCGUUGAAAUGUUUAUAAAGGUAGUGGCAUCCGGAAUGUUUUAUGGCCCCGACGCGUAUUUCACGUCUGGUUGGAACAUUAUGGAUGGAUCACUGGUCAUCAUAUCCAUCAUUGACUUGCUAAUGUCUCUAGUAUCAGAAUCCAGUCCUCGAAUAUUUGGAAUUCUCAGGGUAUUUAGAUUACUAAGAUCGCUAAGGCCACUGCGAGUUAUAAACAGAGCGCCAGGAUUGAAAUUAGUUGUACAAACACUGCUGUCUUCAUUGAGACCUAUCGGAAACAUUGUGUUAAUUUGUUGCACUUUCUUCAUCAUUUUUGGUAUUUUGGGAGUACAGCUUUUCAAAGGAGCAUUUUUCUACUGUGAAGGUGCAAACAUAAAGAAUGUAAAAAACAAAUCCGAUUGCUUGGCAAUAGAAGGCAAUGUUUGGGUGAACAGAAAAUACAACUUCGACGAUUUGGGCAAAGCGCUGAUGUCAUUGUUUGUGCUGAGUUCUAGAGACGGAUGGGUGAACAUUAUGUACACGGGGCUUGACGCGGUCGGGGUUGAUCAACAGCCAAUAGUAAACUACUCAGAAUGGCGGCUCUUGUACUUCAUCGCAUUUAUACUGUUGGUUGGAUUCUUCGUGCUGAACAUGUUCGUGGGAGUGGUAGUAGAGAAUUUCCACAGAUGCCGCGAGGAACAAGAGAAAGAAGAGAGGGUCAGAAGAGCCGCCAAGAGAGCACUACAAAUGGAGAAGAAACGAAGAAAGAUGCACAUGCGACCAUAUUAUGCAGACUAUUCACAAACACGUUUAUUCGUCCACAACGUGGUAACAUCUAAAUAUUUCGACCUGGCUAUAGCCGGUGUUAUCGGCUUAAACGUCGUUACAAUGGCCAUAGAAUACUACAGAAUGCCGCCAGCUCUGCAAUAUGCACUUAAAAUAUUCAAUUAUUUCUUCACUGCUGUGUUUAUCUUGGAAGCAAUUAUGAAACUAGUGGCUUUAGGGUUCAAAAUAUAUUUAAAAGACAAAUGGAAUCAACUAGACGUAAUCAUCGUCAUCCUAUCUAUAGUGGGUAUAGUUUUAGAAGAAUUAGAAACUAAUAUAAUUCCAAUCAAUCCGACUAUUAUGAGAGUAAUGAGGGUGUUGAGGAUAGCCAGGGUACUUAAGUUACUGAAGAUGGCGAAGGGAAUAAGAGCAUUGUUGGACACUGUGAUGCAGGCUUUACCGCAAGUUGGUAACUUGGGGCUUCUGUUCUUUCUCCUAUUUUUCAUAUUCGCUGCGCUUGGUGUGGAGCUCUUUGGAAGGUUGGAAUGUUCUGAUGAAAUUCCAUGUCAAGGACUGGGAGAACAUGCCCACUUCGCUAACUUUGGCAUGGCAUUCCUAACGUUAUUCCGCGUGGCAACCGGAGACAACUGGAAUGGUAUCAUGAAAGACACUCUACGAGAAGAUUGCGACAGCUCUGUCGACUGCGUCAGGAACUGCUGUGUGUCUACCAUCAUAGCGCCCAUCUUCUUCGUCGUAUUUGUGUUAAUGGCGCAGUUCGUUCUCGUCAAUGUGGUUGUCGCUGUACUGAUGAAACACCUAGAAGAAUCUCAUAAACAAAUGGAAGAUGAAAAUGACAUGGACGUGGAACUCGAGCGUGAGUUAGAACGGGAGGCAGAUGAUGAGGAAGACAGAGCUCUCUGUCGCGCUCUAGAACAAUGUAUGAGCCCUCCGCGGCCGCUGAACAAGGUACCUUCCCUCCCGGCUAACUUCACGUACAGCGAGCCCAAGCAACCAGCACCGUCCCCCGCACGCCGCCGGCGCACGCUGCACUCGCACACCGCUUUGUUACCGACGGCACUACCACCGAGACGGGCGUCCUUAUCCCCUCACGCCUUCGGGCGACGCCGACAGGACUCGAGUUCCGAGCCUCCCGCUGCACUCUACGAAGAAGAUGCACGGUUCAUCGACGCAGACGAUGCCGACCAGCUUGAGCCCGGCAGCCCACCUCGGCGGGACUCCUUUGCUCAGAACAGGAGGCAGCGUGUAGACAAAAGAAACUCCCUGCGUGGUGAAGAAGCCCGUUUACUACGACCGGUACUACUUGCUGUGCCAUCUACAAGGCAGAGUCUAAGACUGAGCGGCCCCAAAAGGAGAUUAUCUACAGAGUCGGCCGCAACAGAUGCCAGCAAUACGUCACGCUCCCAACAUCUACUUACGCCAGAGUCGGCUGAUCAACCAAUAAGUGAGGAGGAGAAAAUAAGAAUAGUGAUAGCCGAGAGGCGAAAGAUGGACGCGACGAGGCCAGAACCGGAUGAAGUAGUGGAACUAGCAGAGCGAGGCUCCUAG